GUGGCGGCGGCAGUGGCAGCUUUGCGGCAAGCUCAGGACGAGCUUGCUUGACGGCGGUGUGGCGGAGGCCCCGCCCGAGGCGGCAGGAACCUGGAGGGAGGCGGAGGAAUAUGUCCGAGAGGGAAGUGUCGACAGCGCCGGCGGGAACAGACAUGCCUGCGGCCAAGAAGCAGAAGCUGAGUAGCGAUGAGAACAGCAACCCGGACCUCUCUGGAGAUGAGAAUGAUGAUGCUGUCAGUAUAGAAAGUGGGACAAACACUGAACGCCCUGAUACCCCUACAAAUACUCCAAAUGCACCUGGAAGGAAAAGUUGGGGAAAGGGGAAAUGGAAAUCGAAGAAGUGCAAAUAUUCUUUUAAAUGUGUAAACAGUCUCAAGGAAGAUCAUAACCAACCAUUGUUUGGCGUUCAAUUUAACUGGCACAGUAAAGAAGGAGAUCCAUUAGUAUUUGCAACUGUAGGAAGCAACAGAGUUACCUUAUAUGAAUGUCAUUCACAAGGAGAAAUAAGGUUAUUGCAGUCUUACGUGGAUGCUGAUGCAGAUGAAAAUUUUUAUACUUGUGCAUGGACCUAUGAUAGCAAUACAAGUCAUCCUUUGCUGGCUGUAGCUGGAUCUAGAGGAAUAAUAAGGAUAAUUAAUCCCAUAACAAUGCAGUGUAUAAAGCACUAUGUUGGCCAUGGAAAUGCUAUCAAUGAGUUGAAAUUCCACCCGAGAGAUCCUAAUCUUCUCCUGUCAGUAAGUAAAGAUCAUGCCUUACGAUUAUGGAAUAUCCAAACGGACACUCUGGUGGCAAUAUUUGGAGGUGUAGAAGGGCACAGAGAUGAAGUUCUAAGUGCUGAUUAUGAUCUUUUGGGUGAAAAAAUAAUGUCCUGUGGAAUGGAUCACUCUCUCAAACUUUGGCGGAUCAAUUCAAAGAGAAUGAUGAAUGCAAUUAAAGAAUCUUAUGAUUAUAACCCAAAUAAAACUAACAGGCCAUUUAUUUCCCAGAAAAUCCAUUUUCCUGACUUUUCUACCAGAGACAUACAUAGGAAUUAUGUUGAUUGUGUGCGAUGGUUAGGCGAUUUGAUACUUUCCAAGUCUUGUGAAAAUGCUAUUGUGUGCUGGAAACCUGGCAAAAUGGAAGAUGAUAUAGAUAAAAUUAAACCUAGUGAGUCUAAUGUGACUAUUCUUGGGCGAUUUGAUUACAGCCAGUGUGACAUUUGGUACAUGAGGUUUUCUAUGGAUUUCUGGCAAAAGAUGCUUGCAUUGGGCAAUCAAGUUGGCAAACUUUAUGUUUGGGAUUUAGAAGUAGAAGAUCCUCAUAAAGCCAAAUGUACAACACUGACUCAUCAUAAAUGUGGUGCUGCUAUUCGACAAACCAGUUUUAGUAGGGAUAGCAGCAUUCUUAUAGCUGUUUGUGAUGAUGCCAGUAUUUGGCGUUGGGAUCGACUUCGAUAAAAUAUUUUUUCUUAACCAAAAUUAGAGUGUGUUGUCUGUGUAAAAUAGAAUUAAUGUAUCUUGCUAAUAAGGGCACAUAGAGCAUUUAGACUUGUUUUUCAGCAUUCAAUCAGGCUGAGCUGAAUGUAGUGAUGUUUACAUUGUUUACAUUCUUUGUAUUGUCUUC